AUGCUCCUUGUACUAGUAAAGCGCGUCCUCCCCAGGCUACAUAACACCACCAUCACCACCACCACCACUCCCAUCCUCUCCACCACCGCCGCACACAGCUUCGUAAUAAUGCCUCCCAAGAGACGUGCCGCCGCUACAAAGUCCGCUCCCGCCGAUGUGGAUGCGCCUGCUGCAAAGCGCCAAAAGCCCGCUGCUGCACCUGCGGAGAAAGGCAAGAUGAUGAAGGAUGACGAGGGGAAUCCGUUCUGGGGGAUUGGCGGCCAGAACCGCCGAGUCGCAGUCACCGAGUUUAAGGGGAACCAGCUCGUCUCGAUCCGUGAGCAUUACGAGAAGGACGGCAAGAUGCUACCUGGCAAAAAGGGAAUAUCCCUCACCGUCGAGCAGCUCAACGCCUUCAUCUCCAUCAUCCCGCAGCUCGAAACGUACCUCGCCAGCAAGAAGGUCACCAUCGACCGGCCCGCCUACAACGACUCUACCACUGCUGCAGAAGAGGAGCCGGCGGCGGUAGAGGAGGAGGUUGACGAGGAGGAGGACGAGGAGGAGGAUGAGCUGAAGGAUGAUGACCAUGAGGAAGAGGAGGAGGAGGAGGUUAUCAGUGAGGAGGAUGCGAGCGAGGAGGAGGAGGCGAAGAAGAAGAAGACCAAGAAGUGA